GUGUGUGAGACUUCCGGCGGAAGUAAGCAGCAAGGUGCUAGCAGCGUUAGCUUCCUUCUGUUCGGUUGGAAAACGGUUUUUGCUGUGUGAGCUGAAUAUUUCCGGUUUAUCGUCAGAGAGACUAAGAGCUGCUGGCUAAAUAUUCAAACAGAUCGAUCAUCAGCCCAGCUGGAAAACCCGAACCGUCUCGGAACCUCCUGGAAGCGUUUGCUGAUCCAGACUUAAUCGAACCUCAUGUCUGUUCCUGCUGUUCCUGCUCAUGCUCUCAUAACUGAAGGGCAGAACUCAGAUGUCCACAUGACUGUAAACGCUAUGAAAAUAAAAGAGCAAAAACAACUCAAGAUGGAUGAGCCAAAAGAGGAACCAGUACAUCAACCAGUCAAAGAAGAACAGGUUGAACUGUGGGGCAUUCAGGAUGAGGAGCAGCUUUUAGUGAAACAGGAGAGCAGCACCUCUACGGCGACUGCUGCUGAUGAGAAAAUAUUCCACAAUGAACCAGAACUGGAGCAGAGGAUGGAGAUAAAGGAGGAACCAGAACCUGUAGAGAUUAAAGAAGAGCAAAAGCAUCUCUGCAGUGAUCAGGAUGAAGAUCAUCUUUUAGUGAAGCAGGAUCCUGAAGCCUUUAUGGUGUCUCCUACCUAUGAGCAAAAAGACAAUAACGAACCAGAACCAAACAAGAACCAGCUGCUCUCUGCAAACGGACCUGAAAAUGAGAACCAACAUCAGCAAGAAAGCAACCAGAACGACUCAGGAUCCAGUAGAGAUAAAGAUCUGAGUCCAGAGAAGAGACCACAGGACAGCAGAAAUCAGAGGGACAGUGUGGACAAUUCAGAACUAAAAAAACAUAAAACAGAUUUACCCUGCUGUAAAGUAUGUGGUAAAUACCUGACAACCCGACAGCACUUGAGUUUGCACAUGAGAAUCCACACCGGGGAGAAGCCACAUCCUUGUAAGAUGUGUAGUAAAUCUUUUAGAAAUAGUGGUAAUUUGCUUCGGCAUGAAAGGACUCACUCAGGAGAAAAGCCGUUUUUUUGCGAAGUGUGUGGUAAGUCCUUCAGGUAUGGUGGACAUUUCACUAUUCAUAAGAGAACACACACAGGGGAAAAGCCAUAUCACUGUAAACUAUGUGCCAAAUCCUUCAGUGACUGGACAGGUAUGACCAGACACAUGGGAACUCACACCAACGAGAAACCAUGUUUUUGUGGAGUGUGCAAAAAAUCUUUCAAAAAACGACAUGACUUGUCUCGUCACCUUAAAACUCACACAGGUGAAAAGCCUUUCUCAUGCAUGACAUGUAGGAAAGGCUUCAUCAGGAAAUUUGCUUUAACUAUGCACAUGAGAACUCACACAGGCGAGAAGCCGUAUCCGUGUGAACUGUGCGAAAAAUCUUUUCGAGACCAGAGUAAUUUAGCUCGACACAUUAGAACUCACAUGGGAAAGAAGCAGUAUUCUUGUGAUGUGUGCGAUAAAUCUUUUAGAGACCGUCGCAUUUUGGCACGUCACAUAGGAACUCACAUGGGUGACAGACAUCCUUGUGAAUUCUGUGUUAAAUCUUUUAGACAGAGUAGUGAUUUGAUUCGUCAUCUUAGAACGCACACAGGCGAGAAACCUUUCUCAUGUUCAACUUGUGGUAAAAGUUUCCCAAGGCAAUCUGCCUUGAAUGUUCACACAAGAGCUCAUACAGGUGAGAAGCCGUUUUGUUGCAACUUGUGCCACAAAUCUUUUAGAGACAAUAGCAACAUGGCUCGUCACCUCAGAACCCACACAGGUGAGAAACCAUAUUCUUGCAAACUGUGUGGUAAGUCCUUUCAGCACUCUUAUUAUUUGACCAAUCACAUGAGCACUCACACAGGUCAGAAACCAUAUCCUUGUGAUUUGUGUGAUAAAUUUUUCAUGCAACGCAGCGAUUUGGCUCGUCACCUGAGGACUCACACAGGGGAGAAGCCUUAUUCUUGUGAAUUCUGUGAUAAAUCUUUCAGACAGAGCAGUAUUCUGACCCGUCACCUCAGAACUCACACCGGUGAGAAGACUUGAGACUCUCCCAUACUUGUCAAGCUGAACAAUCAAUGCGCCGUUUUGCUUUUAUGAAAUGGUCAUGGAGAGAACACCACCCCUUCCUGCAGACAGCCUCCUUUGUGGACAACGUUGUUGCAAUUUCCGUCCAGGAGUUUGUAGCCAUUUGACAGUCUUCAUAGUUAUUUAGUGAAGAAUUACGUAAAUACAUAAUUCCUCACCGCAUUCGGUAAAUGUCCCUCAAAAGUAUUCAUGUAGCCUGUGAAUACAAAAACUAGAUACUGGUUGAAGCAAAAUAUCAAUAUUGCUGUCUAAGCUUAUUUCUACACAAACCUGCGACCAAUCACAACGCGCAGAAUGACUCCGUUUUCAUCUUGUUACUACGGUAGUUAGAGCCGAUGUCGACACUUCAGAAGAUUUCCAAAGGUUUUCAUGUUGACUUGGGGAAAAAGUUUCAUCACUCAAACUAAAUAAUCAUUUAUUUAAGUUAUUGUUCUUGUGAUCUGUGUGUAAAAUAUUUACUUUCAGGUUUAAAUUGAUUAAUAACAAAUUCAAAAUCUGAAGACGUUCUCUGGACUCUGGAAUAAUGUAUUUCUUGGUUGAAAGACAAAGAUCAGAUCACUUUUAUAAUCAAUACUUAAUAUCACCUUCUGAGGUUCACUUUCUGGUCACAGUCAGACUCUUUGCUGCAAAUUCACUGGGUUAUAAACAAAUUCACAAUUGAUGGACAAGCUUCUUUAUAACAAAAUUUUCAAUUUCCAGCACAUUUAUUGUUAUGAAAAUUUUAUUUUUUUCUACUUAAGUGUGUUUAAAGUCUGGUGACUGUGUGAACAUGUGACUAGGAUUACAUUGUUAUAUGACCUUGAAAUAAAAACUGAUGGUGGCGUACACCGAUGGACUGACAGCCAACAGCUGCCCUUACAUUUGAAAGUUGAACUGAGGUAUUUGUUACUAAUUUGCAUUGUUUUGUAAAAAGUCUGAGGACAGAAAACUUAAUGAUGUACAAUAUUAUGAUGUUGAUUGUUUUUGAUGUGAAGCCAUUUGAAACUUGACUUUUUAAGUGUUUUAUAAAACAAAGCUUUACUAAAGGCGUUAACAUACAAGUCAGAGUAUCCAGGACUGGUUUUUAUUUUCUUUUUCCUCAGCAUUAAAGACGUUUUACAGAAAACAACUUUGAUUUUUUAAUGUUUUUAUUUUCUUAUUCCAGUUAUUUUUUUAUUUUUAUUUUUUGGCAACUUAAAAAUUGACUGAAUAACGUAGAACAUUUUUAAUAGUUGAAUCAAAUUCUUAAUGUAAGUAUUUAUAUCUAAAAAUAUGCAAUUAUCUUCCUAAUAUAAUUUAAAGACACUCAUUUCCAAAUUGUGUUCUAAUCACUUGUCUUCUAUAAUGGCCAAUGAUAAAUCUGAAUAUUUAAUAUCUACAUGCUCCCACUCGCCCAGGGUAACGAUCUAGAGUCAGCACAGCUUCAGUUAUUACAGCUUGAAGUUAGUGAUCAGAUCCAAAAUCCGGGGUUGGUGAUGAACUCUGACCUGAACAUUCAAAGCCACAUAAAGACAGUUACAAAGCCAGUCUUCCAUCUAUGCACCAUUGCACCAGUAGAUGGCACUGUUUUUCAUUUCACCUGUUUGAUAGUUUGGUUAGAAAGCAUUGAGUUACUAUCGUGUGUGAACACAGCAGCAUAAAUGUCAGGAUGUGGUGAGUGUCUUGUAUCAGCCUGAUGUUUAUUAAGUGUAACACUGAACUAUUUCCUGCACCUGUGGAAUAACAACAAGUAGGACAUUGGCUUUAUUGGUAACGUACACAUUUUACACAUCAAUUUUAACCAAACAAACCUAAAGACAGCCCAGAAAAUUGUAACAUAUAAGGA